UUUUCAUUAUCAAAGUUUGAAUUUGCAUAAAGAUAUUUAAUUUAAUAGUUUUUUUUGUUAGAACACCUACUCAUAAAUGGAUAAACAAAAGGAAAAUAAAAGGGCUAAAAUGGAAAGUGAGUUUGAUGUAAAAGACAUCAUAGUCAUUGAUAACGGAGCAGACACAGUAAAAAUAGGUAUAUCUGGAGAAGAUAAGCCAAGAAUAAUUAUUGAUUCAAUUGGAGGUGAGCCAAAACUAGGAGUUAACGAUGAAGCAACAAACCAAAAGCCGUAAUGUUUGUUUGGACAGUAGUUAUAAUAAGCUAAAAUAGAGAAGAAGUUUGAGUUAGAAGAGAAAUUCCCUAUUCAAAAUGGAAAAAUAGUUGAUUUUGAUGCUAUUAGAGAUUUGUAUACUUAUGCCCUAGAAAAGCUGCUCUAAGUAAAUGAAAUAAGCUCAUGCAAUCUAUUAAUCAUUGAUUCUCCACUCAAUCCUAAGAAUUACAAGCACAAGCUAGCUGAGAUUUUAUUCGACGAUAUGAAAGUUAACUCUGUUCUUUUUUAGAAUUCUUCUUCAUUAAGCUUAUUCUCUACUGGAGAGACAACUGGGUUAGUAGUUGAAUCUGGACAUAGUCUAACUACAUGCAUUCCUGUCUUUGAAGGAUUUGCUAUCCCACAUGCUUUUUAGCACUCUUAUUUAGCAGGACAGAAAAUGACUGAGAUCUUAAAAGAAGAACUUAAAAUUCCAGCAGGUCAGCUUGAUGACAAUGUGUUUAAGGAUAUCAAGGAAAGAAUGUGCUAUGUGGCUAGAGAUUACUACGUUGAUGUAAAUGGUCCUACUUUACUCAGCCUUGAAGAAAAAUCAUAUGAACUGCCAGAUGGAAGCAUAUUGGAAAUAAAUAACUCAUAAAGAUAUAAACCAACGGAAAUUAUAUUCAAUCCUUCAAUCAUAGGAGACGACAGUAUGAGCAUACCAGAGAUGAUGAUUGAUACUCUUCAUAGAUGUGAUGUAGAAUUUUAAGAAGAACUGUAUAGAAACAUAGUAUUAUGCGGAGGGUCUUCAUUAUUUAAGGGUUUUUUACCCCGUAUAGAGAAGGAGCUAUUAAAUGAGGUGACCAAUACGAUAAAUAGAAAAGAUAUUAAUUUUGUUUAAAACACUCAUAGAAGGUAUUCAGCUUGGAUUGGAGGAUCUAUGCUAGGCAGCUUAAGCACUUUCUAGAAUUUAGCAAUUACUAAAAAUGAAUAUGAAGAAAAUCCUGAGUCUAAGAUGUCAAUAAUACAUAAAAAAACAUUUUGAACUCUUGAAAAUAUAAAACAUUUAAUUAAAUUUGUAUUUAUUUUAAAGCUAUUUACAGAAAUCAAUGUAAGAAAAAUAGAAAGAGAAAUAUAAGAAAAACCAUCAGUAAAAGAAAAAUAAAUAAAUAAAUAAAAAAUUAGAUACUUGUUUGUUAAUUUAUUUUUGUAUUUUUUGUUUAUUUGUUUGUUUGAGAGCUUUAUUUAUUUUAAGUUGUAAAUAAAUCAUGUAAG